AUGGCGGGUGGUGGUGGUGGGUUUGGUGGUUUUGGGGGCUUGGGAGGUGGCUUUGGGUGCGGAAAUUUCCAAAGCCACCAUCCUGUUUACCGUCCAAGUCCGCCAUUAACGGCCAUAGACAGGUUCUUGGUGGGUCAGAGCCAUUUCUCACAGAGGCAGACUCAGAACUCCGAAAGGAACAGUGGAGACGUGGUUUCAAGUAACGGGUUUCAUGAUUUUUACUCAGCAAGUGGUGCAAUUGGUAGCAUUGGAAGUGGGGGUUCAUGGCAGUUUCUGGAAGAGGAUGGUCUGAAUUUGAAGGAGAAGAAGAGUUCAGAAGUGGUUCAGAGCGGAGAAGAGAAGGUGGCGAAGAGAAGUUCAAGAGCGAGCGGUAAGAGAGCGAAAGGUGGCUCUUCUGCAACUCUGAUCAAAGGGCAAUGGAGUGCAGAAGAGGAUAGGCAAUUGUUGAGGUUGGUGAACGAGUUUGGCGAGAAGAAAUGGGCUCAAAUAGCUAAGAAGCUGGGCGGGAGGGCAGGAAAACAGUGCCGAGAGAGAUGGCACAACCAUCUGCGUCCUGAUAUCAGGAAAGACGAAUGGGAUGAAGAAGAGGAAAGAAUAUUGAUUGAGUGGCACAAGAAGGUGGGCAACAAAUGGGCUGAAAUUGCCAAACGUAUCACUGGUAGAACCGAGAACACCAUCAAGAACCAUUUUAAUGCCACAAAGAGAAGGCAAGACUCGAGAAAAAAGAGCAACAAGGAUGAUCAAAAACCUCAAUCUACUCUCCUCCAAGUUUAUAUCAAAAGCAAGAAACUAGACGAUAAAUGGACCACCACCACCACCACCCAAAACGCCACCGCCACACCCACAUCCUCCACCAUCUCAGAGGAUCCACCCACCACCCAUUACAAAGCUUUCCUCCAAGAUUUUUCCGAAUCAACCGUCCAUGAUUCUCCAUCCCUCAUGACUCAGACAUGCGAUGAAGAGUUACUAUUCAUGCAAAACCUAUUUUCAAGUGACUGCGGUAAUCCACCAUUUGCGGGCACCUCCGAAAACAUUAGCUCCAAGGGAGUAGAAGAACCGAUAGAAGAACAAGAUGACAUGGCUUUGGACUCUUUUGAUUUGUUCCAAGCCAGUGGCUCAGCUGAAUGUGGGUCUACUUCCAUUCAAGGAAAGGCUUCGUCGACCCAUCUUCACUCAGAUAUUUACAUAUCCAAUCUGCUGAAUGGAACUUCAACUCCAUCAUCAGCUUCCAUUGAUCAUUACUACAGCUAUAAUAUUAACCCCAUGAACGUAGAGUUUCUCACAGAUCCACCUUCUUCUUCAAGUGGAAAGAGAGAGAUGGAUCUGAUAGAGAUGCUCUCUUGCUCUCGAUUCUGCAACCAGGGCACUCACACGAAUUUGUAA